AUGGCCUCGCUAUCAGCUCUGCCAGUGGAAAUCAAGCUACAUUUUCUCUACGCACUGUGCGAUCUGUACGAUCUCCGAGCAGUCAUCCACGCAUGCCCGAGUUUCCAUGCCAUCUACGUUUCCAACCGGAGGAAUAUUCUCUCCUGCCUGCUCGCUCGCUCCAUUCCUUUCCCCGUGAUAGUCGAUGCCGUGGGAGCAGCUCUCGCCAAGCGGUGGCGCGAGAUUCCCUGCGACUUUUUCGAUCGCACGUCGCUCAAGAAUCUUUCACAGGAGUUCAUCUCGCAGUACCACGCUUUGCUCUCGCUGAUCAAACCGUACGAACCACAUGGGCAAGGCAAUUACGCCGGGCGCGCUCAUCCUGUCACCGAAAAUCAAAAAUUAUAUGACCGUCACGGUCUGGGGUUGUUCGGUGCAGCGACGCCCUUCACCGAUGCCGAGCUGGUGCAUAUGACACGCUUGUACUUUAUUGUCCACGAUGUGGCGGAUGAUAUGGCGCAGUCGGCGUUGACAUUAGCGUCUUCAUUAUCAUCAUCAUCAUCAUCAUCAUCAUCAUCUCCUCCUUCUUCUUCUAAGCAAGGAUAUGAUGAAACUGUCUUGCCACUGUCGCCGUCGGAGAUUCGACGCCUGCAUCGUGUUCUGUAUCGAAUGGAGACGUUCCGGUACCUGUUCAAAUCGUAUCCAGAUUUUGAAGGGCUGCGACUCGUGCAUCUGGAGAUGGAGUGUCAUGUUUUCUUCCAAUUCUUCCAUCCGUGGGAGAUCGAGGAGAUGCUCUGUUUCCGAGACUACGCAUAUCGGACGUUUUCGUGGGUCUCAGACGACAUGCACUAUGACCUGGAAGCGUUGUCGUUUGACGGCACGGCGAUGGAAUCUAUCGGUGAUGGUCUCCGAGAGCGAUGGAGAAUAGAAGCGCAACAGCAGAACAUAAUAAAGAAUUCUUCUUCUUCUUCUGAGGAGGAGGAGGAGGGUUCUGCAUUUGACGGAUUCAAAGAACACUGCAUGUCUCUUGGGCUGGAAUUUCUUCUCCGCUGGCUCAAGGCGGCUAAGGAAAACGACCAGACGGUCGGCAUGGCAAAGCAAUUCGGGAUGAUCAGGCGCCGAUUGCGAAACGUGGAUUACUUUGAUCCAUUCUUCAUCGCGCUCACACAAGAGUACACGCACCGCUAUCGUCGGGAAAUCGACGGGUCAGUGUUUGGCUCCGACGAUGAUUGGGAUGCGCCCAAUCUCGCAUGGACAUGGUUGGUGAAUAGAGAGACGAGCCGGCUGUGUGCUCAGUUCCCAUCCCUGCUGCCAUGGGGGUAUGUCUUCUGGGACGCAGAGAGGCUCCAAAGGAUGCAGGUGGAAGAGGAGUUGACCACGUUGGGCUCAUAUGCACAGGAUUUUGCUCCCUUUGCCUAG